CUAGAGGCGACGGCCGGUUCCUUUGGUUCUCCGCUCCAUUUCCCUGGCUUACUUACAUUAUUCCUAUGAAAAAUUAUACGGCAUCUACAGUUCUUAUUCUAUAGGUCACAAUGGGAUAGAAACAAAAGUAGCGUUGCUACCGCCUUGUUUUAGGGAAAAUUAUAGAGAGUUUUUCUAUAUAUAUGGCGAUUUUCUACGCGCCGCAGCAUUCUUACAGAUCAUCACGACGUGAGGAGGUUUAGGACUCCAACGCGCCGUGUUUAGUACUGCAUGGAGUUUCGAUAAUUGUCAGUCGUGAUGUCCAAGCGGCCUUUAUACUGGGUGCGCUGCUGUGUACCCGGCUGCAACAAAGGAGCACUGCAGAGGGAGCAAGGACGGCCUCUGUCCGUGUUCCGAGCCCCUCGAGAUGAUGCGGCCAGGGAGGUGUGGGAGCAGCGGCUCGAGCUGGCACCUGGGUCGCUGCGGCCUGACAGCCAGCUGUGCGAGCUGCACUUUGAUCCCGGCCAGAUCUGUCGCGACUACGUGCAUAUAAUUGGCGGAAAAGAGGUGAGGAUCCCACGUGGCAGGGCAGCAUUGCUACCCGACUCUGUACCACUGGCACCUCGUAAACACCCUCACUGUGAAGAGUUCCCUGAUCCCAAGAGAGUCCGGCUAGGCGAUGACUCAAACCCCAUGGAUGAGGAUGUGGACAAGCUUUUAGCCCUUCGCCUGCCCUCCAAAUACUGGUCCUGCCUGCGCUGCCAUAACCUCGAAGGAGCUGUGUUUGUCACGUCAUCUUUUAAUCCUGCCACAGCCAACCUGGUCACCGAGAAGAUGGUGGUUGUGCAGUGGGCUGCUGGCAAGAAGCAAGAAGCAGUGGUGUGCGAGACAUUGGUACGGGGACGUCGCUUGGGGGACGUGGUUGUGGGUGACCUGUGUGCUGUCCAACACGCACUUUGUGAGGUGGAUGCAUUGCAUCUCUGUGCAGGCGUGGGUAGCGUCGAGUAUGUGCUGGAGCAGCUGGGUGGUCGUCUGACAGCCCACCUAGAGCGCAGCCUAGUAGUGCACGGAGGCACCUACUUCAGCAGUGCCUGUGUGGCCACUGUGGAAGCCGUGGCUGCAUCCUGUGGUCCUUGUAAGCUGGCCAGGAAGGCUGUUUUGACAAAGAAGUCGGCGCUGCUCAGGAAGAAUUUUCUCGUGUCAUAUGUGGACAGCUCUGUAGACACCAAGUAAAACAGAAAUGAGAGACUGUUGAGGCCAUGCCUGCAGCAGCAAAGUCAUGGGCAAGACCUGCCUCAUGGUUGCCCUUGCUUGUCAUUCUCUGUGCCCAACUUGAGUGGACUACGAAAUCAUCAACAAGAGUGCUCAAUUUCAGUCUCCAUUUUCUGUGCUUUGUAAAAAAAGAUAAAAUUGAGUGUUUU